AUGGGAUCAGAAUCUGCCGCUGCAGCAGCAGCUUACAAGGCUGAGAAAGAAGCCUGGGUCACCGGCCACGCCGGUGGCUCCAUGUCCGAAGCAACCCUCGUCACCGCAGCCGCCCUCACCACAUUCAUCUUCUGGGCCUCCAUCCAAAAGUACCAUCCUCAAUCGCCCGCCCACCAGAUGCUCCUUGCAGGUUCCAAACAGGCCAAGACCCGUAUCCGCAACAGCUUGGGGUCUUAUCUCUUGGAUUUUUCGACACUGGUGGUGCCCAUGCUGUUGAGCUGCACGCUCUUUGCGGACUAUGCGUAUCUUUGGUCGUUUGCGACGUUGGUCUUUGCGGCUGUGAUCAAGUCGGUCUGCGGGCCGAGCGAGGAUGACAUUUUGAAGAAGGAGAAGAAAAGGUUCAAGUGGAAGGACUCUGACGAUGACUUUACAGAGGACGAUGAGGAUGAGAAAAACAAUAAGACGUCGAAGGUGGAGGACUCGUCGCUGAUUCAGGAGCAACAGCAACAGGACGAACAGGACCAUCAGGAUGGGUUCCGUCAACGCAAGGGUCAUUCAAAGGGCGACCAUGCGACUCUGGAGUUGCACGAUUCCGUUGCGGCUGUCAAGAAACUCAAGGCGACCAAGCAUGAUGAUAACCCACACAAAAUCUUUUUGAGUGUCUAUCGCGCCGGAAUGAUGAUCUUGACCUGCAUUGCCAUCUUGGCCGUCGAUUUCCCCAUCUUCCCUCGUCGCUUCGGCAAGGUCGAGGUCUACGGCACCUCUCUGAUGGAUCUCGGAGUGGGCUCGUUCGUGUUCUCGUCAGGAGUAGUAUCGGCCCGUGGAUAUCUCAAGAAGGAGACACUGCCCUUUGCCAAGCAAAUGGUGAUCGCCCUGCGCACUUCGAUCCCAUUGCUGGUCCUGGGUCUUGGUCGCUACAUCUCGACAAAGGGUGUCGACUAUCAGGAGCAUGUCACCGAGUACGGCAUGCACUGGAACUUUUUCUUCACCCUCGGGUUCCUCCCCAUCUUUGUCACCCUCUUCAGAAGCCUCGCCAACUAUGUUCGCUUCUCUAUCCUUGGAACUGGCGUCGCACUUGUUUACCAAUACUUUUUGUCGUAUGGAGGACUCGAGGAGUACAUCCAGCAUGCCCCCAGAGUCGACAUCGUCAGCAUGAACAAGGAGGGCAUCUUCAGUUUCGCUGGUUACUUGGCGAUCUUCUUGGUGGGCGUCGAUGUCGGACUGUACGUCCUCCCCAACGACCCAUACUUCUUCACGCGCCGAAAGAGUAACAAGAAGAAGGCCAAGAAGGGCAAGCUGGCCAUGGUUCUGCUUUCACUCUUCUUCCUCCUCUGCAUGGGAUUCAUCACCAGCUAUGGGAUCCUUCACGUCCCCGUCUCUCGUCAAAUGGCAAACUUAUCCUACUUCUUCUGGGUCAUCACCUUCAAUACAGGAUACAUCCUCUGCUUUCUCCUCGCAGAGAUCGCAAUCACCCUCAACGAGCCCUCCGCUCUCGCCAUCGCCCGCGCACAAGCAAAGGCAAACCUCUCCACCGCCUCCACCGGUAGCAGCAAAAAACGCGUCGUCGCCGCAACUGUUCAACUCCCUCCACUGUCCUGCCCACCUCUCCUGGAAGCUGUGAACAAGAACGGACUGGCAGUUUUCUUGGUUGCGAAUGUGAUGACUGGGUUGGUGAAUAUGACAGUCAAGACGCUUUAUUCAUCUAACUUGCAAGCGUUGGGGAUCUUGACGGCUUAUAUUGCGGCUGUUACGGGCUUGGCCUGGACUUGGAAUGUGCAGGGAUGGAAGUUGAAGCUUUGA